AUGACUGGUAAAGAAAAUAUCGGUGAGACGUCUAAAGACGCUAACAAGAAAGCUCCGAUUUCGCGUUCACAGAGAGCGGGGCUAGCUUUCCCAGUCGGGCGCCUCCAUCGCAAACUACGCAAAGGACAAUUCGGAUUUCGCAUUGCAAGCGGCUCACCAGUGUACAUAGCAGCUGUGUUAGAAUACCUUGUUGCCGAAAUCAUGGAAUUGGCUGGAAAUGCUGCUCACGAUAAUCGCAGAGCUAGAAUUAUUCCUCGUCAUCUCCAAUUGGCAAUCCGUAACGAUGAGGAAUUGAACAAACUGUUGGGAAACGUGACUAUCGCUGAGGGUGGUGUCAUGCCUAAUAUUCAUGAAGCCUUAUUGCCUCCAAAAACUAAGAAAAAGAAAAUUUCUGCCGAACAAGCGGCCGGCUCAAGCAAUGUAACGAAAAAAACGGUCGUUCAUUCUUCUGCUUCCCCAGUUCCAAGGAAGAAACAAG